CUGUAACUUUAUUACGUCGCGAUGUUGCGGACCUCAGCGUUGCUGAGCCGUGGCGCGGCGUCCACGCUGCCUCGAUUGCUGUCUGUGUGCCUGUUCUCCACCGAUGGUCAAUGGCAAUCUCCAUCACGUUCUCGUGGUGCUAAACCUUCGCGUUGGGGUCCUCCAAGAGGCCGUGGGGGAGGCCGCAAGCGUGACAACGAGCGCCCACCGCUCACGCGCACGAACGACGGCAAGGACGUCCCGCAACUAGCUGGAGAGGGUGUUUACGGCAUCCAUAGCGUGCUGCAGGCUCUAGAAAGCGGUCACCGAGACACCCACGCGCUGUAUGUGCGCGAGGAGCGAUCGUUAUUGGAUGGCCAGCGUCCUAAGAAGAAAAGCGCUGCGGACGUGCGUGCACUGGAGCGUAUCCACGAGCUGGCGGAGGCCAAUGGCAUACAGAUUCACUCGACAAGCAAGUGGAUGCUUAACCACAUCACCGGCGACAAGCCGCAUCAGGGAGUUGUGUUGGACGCUGCUCCGAUUCAACUGAAGGAGUUCGUCCCUGCAGAGCCAUCAGGUUGGAGAGGAAUGGUCAUUGUGUGGUUUAUCUUGUUGUUAUUGAUUUUAUUUACUGUUGCAGAGUUCACGGAAUCGGAACGAUCGCCUGUGAUUUUGGUGCUGGACGAGAUCCACGACCCGCAGAACUUUGGAGCGAUCCUCCGUUCUGCGCACUUCUUGGGCUGUUCAGCAGUUGUUGUGAGUGACCGGAACACUGCUCCAUUGUCUCCUGCUGUCUCGCGUGCUUCGGUCGGUGCUCUGGAAGUGAUGGUCGCCAAUGAUAAAUUGAUGAAAGCGAGGAACCUGCAUGAAAUGCUUGCGAUCAGUGGAGAUCUCGGCUGGCGUGUCGUUGGCGCUAGCAGUGGACCCAACUCCAUCACGUCUACUAAACUCUCUGAUGGCCAGCCGACGAUCCUUGUCAUGGGCAAUGAACAUCGCGGUCUUCGUAAACAUAUCCGCCAGUGCUGCCAGGACGUUGUCAUCAUCCCAGGUCAAGCUACGGACGAAGAUACUCGCGUGGACUCACUCAACGUCAGCGUUGCUUCAGCCAUUCUGCUCUACGAACUCUUACACCACUAGAGCACUUUAAAAAGUGCCAGUCUAAUUCAUGCAGUCGACCUCGCAUGCCUUAGUGUGGAGCUUGUACGGUGGGAAAUCGGUACGCGAACAGAGGAGGAUAUCUCUACGUACAUAUGAGGACACAUCUCUCCAGAUCCAGGGCUUAACUGUGGCAUCAACAUAAUACUUGGUUAACUCGUUUUCACAAAAUGUGGCGCAGAUUUCACUUACCUUGACGCUUCCUGGGAGUGUUGGGUGGCCCAGACACACUGCGACCGUGAAUGCUGUUGGGUCCGAGAACGGCGAUACAGUCAGCGAGAUCGUGUGGUCGACUGAGUGCUUUCGUGGACCUUGAGCACGGAUGCAACUUGUCGGGACACGAUGGUAGGCAACGUCGCCAUUGGGGAGCAUGCUCUUGACGUAUAUCUGCGUAAUAUCCCGCGUAUUUGUCAGGACGAAGCGUACGCGCUGCUCAAACGGCCAAUUCGCCGUAAUCUCUCGAGGUUCCGGCUUGGCAGUCGUGUCAGUCGGCUCUACAAUCGAUGCAUGAGCAGUAGCCAGGCGGCGAUAGUGGACACCAGAUCCAUCAGUUGCAGGUGUACAACGAGCAAUCGCAGCCUCGAUGAGCGCUGUGGGCCACGCCUUACGAACGCUAGCAACGAACGCACGCUUCAGAUCGUUCAACGAGCUAACGUCAGACAGCAAAUGCGUUGGCAACCAAACAUCGUUUUUUUGACUGUCAUCGACCAGAAGACGCAACCGAGUAGCUUCUUUCGCUACCCACCGCAGCUUUUCAAUUAUCAGGAGACUGUCGGAGGAGCGUUGCAGCAACGCGAGCACGAGUCCUACACGGCCGAGCAUGAUCAACUAAAAAGGGGUGUGUUAGUCCGAAUAGUACCCAUUUCUAGCAAGUAUGAAAGAUACCUGGAGUAAUUCUGUGCGAGGUGACGAGCUCAGAGCGAAGGCUCUCACGUAGAUUUCAGUCGCGACGUCAACCAUCUCUUGGCAGCCUUUUUGCAGGUCAGUUGGUAGCUGCAGACUUGCGAAGGCUUCCGCUUCUUUGUGUUCUUGGCUUCCACUGUUACUGGGCGUGUGUGUAGAGCUGACACUAGGACUAGUGCUGAGCAUGGCCGACAUGGACACAUACUUCAGUGGUGAUGGGGCUGGUACAGUUGAGGCAUCGGGGAAAGAAUGCACGUGCUGGCGUAGACGAACAAGGAGAUCUGCAAGGCGGAAGGAAAUAGCCAACCCAUCCUUUGUAAAUGCGGUCCGAAGGCGUUGGACCUACACAUCAAACAGAGAUAUUAGCCACGUGAAAGAAUAGUUGAAGCUGGGGAGCUUACCGCUUUGAGAGAGG